ACAAAGCAUCAAAUUCUUUUGUGUAAGAAGGGAAUCAGAUUCAGCUGACACAGAGAUUCCUUUGCUUUUAGAAGAAAGAUUCAAAAUUUAAGAAACUAAAAGGGUUGAUUCCGUUCCCUUAUAGAGAGAGAAGCCAUGGAUGAACGAUCCAGGAGCAAAAAAUUCAUGCCUGCUUUGUUCUGUUCUGUGGCUUCUAACAGUGUCCAAGUACUGAUACGAAGAUCGAUUCUGAGGCUAACCUUGUUCACUUUUAUCCUUAUCUGGUUUUUGUAUGCUCUUUUCAAUGCCAUCGCCUUCUUCACCCCUGUUUACAAUGAUUCCACCAAGCUCGACACCACUUUCCCUUUCAAUUCCGACGACUCCGCCGUUGCCGUCACCCAAAUUUCAGGCGAGAAUUUCCCUGGAAAAUCCCGCGUCAAAGUCUACCUUUAUGAUCUGCCGACGAGGUUCACCUAUGGAGUCAUCCAGUACCAUUCCUUGGUCCGAGGUGGACGUGCCGUCGAAGACGUGACCACCCUCAAGUAUCCAGGCCACCAGCACAUGGCGGAGUGGUACCUCUUCUUGGAUCUCAUCCGACCCGAAUCCGAUCGUGUCGGAUCUCCCAUUGUUCGGGUCUCGGACCCUGAUGAGGCGGACCUGUUCUAUGUGGCUUUCUUCUCUUCUCUGAGCUUAAUCGUGAACCCAACUUUGGUUCCUAUUGAGUCGGACCCGGAGAAGCCGACAUAUAAUGACGCAGAGAAUCAGCAGGCUUUGGUGGAGUGGUUGGAGGAACAGGAAUAUUGGAAGAGGAACAAUGGAAGGGACCAUGUGAUUAUAGCUUCGGAUCCGAAUGCGCUGUACCGGGUCAUGGAUAGAGUGAAGAACAGUGUGCUUCUUGUGGCAGAUUUUGGGCGCUUGCGACCAGACCAAGGAUCCAUUGUUAAGGAUGUCGUCAUACCAUACUCACAUCGACUCAGAACGUACGAGGGUGAUGUGGGGCUUGAGAAUCGUAAUACGUUGUUGUUCUUUAUGGGUGCCCGAUACCGGAAAGAGGGAGGUAAAAUUCGUGACAAACUCUUUCAAAUUCUUGAACAUGAAGAGGAUGUCAUAAUAAAGCAUGGAACUCAGUCCACAGAGAACAGAAGGGCAGCUUCCAAAGGAAUGCAUACAUCAAAGUUCUGUUUACACCCUGCUGGCGAUACCCCAUCAGCCUGCCGACUCUUCGAUUCUAUUGUCACUUUAUGUGUUCCAGUGAUUGUGAGUGACAGUAUCGAGUUGCCCUUCGAAGAUAUCAUAGACUAUUCGAAGCUGGCAAUAUUUGUAGACUCUGCUUCUGCUAUAAAACGUAGAUAUCUGGUGUCAAUGUUGAGAGCAAUAACCCCAGAGAUAAUCCUGGAGUAUCAGAAAGAACUUAAAGAGGUCAAGCGAUACUUUCAGUACGAGGCAGAAGAUGGAACAGUUAACGAGAUAUGGCGCCAAAUUUCAAAAAAGCUUGAUUUGAUUAAGCUGAUGAUUAACCGUGAGAAGAGGAUGGUCAGAAAUGAACCAGAUUGCUCUUGCAUGUGUACAAACAAGACAGCCAUUAGAACCUUGUAGCAAUUUUCUGGGAGUGCUCCAAGCAGAUGAAGGUUUCCUCCUCUUCCACAUUCACACAAUUCAAAUCCAGAAUUUGGCAUCUAUGCAGAAGAAGCCUGUAGCUCGGUUUUUUCCAAUCUACUGAGACGGCAACAUUUCAUUGAUGAUACUGAUAAGGUGAAGGAUGACUCAGUCUGAUGGCAAAUUUUGGGUAUUUUAUAGAUGAUCACUAUUUAAUUUGGAAAACAGUUGAAUAUCUAUGGUUGGAUCUAUCAUAAAAAAGGUAAAAGUAUACAGUCAAUCCUUUCACUUUGUAUAAUGUUUUAGUUUGAUUCUUUAAUUUUAUAAAGUAUUAUUCAGUCCUCUAAUCCUCGUAUGGUUAGUCUCAAAUGAUAAUUUUUUUGUGUCAAUCGUUGUCAUUUUAAAAAAUUAAAUUCGAUAUCGGAAGUUUUUGUUAAUGAAAACUAAUGAUAUUGAGGUUAAGGUUAGAGGACUGAAAAGGAACUUUAUAAAAUUAAGCGAUUAAAUUGAAACUUUUUGUGGAUUUAAAGGAUUAAAAGGACAGUUUUGCCCAAAAAAAUCAAAGAAUUUUAUAGUGCUGCUAAGUUCGCUUGCUAUGUCAUAACUGGCAUUCGUUUUUGUUGUAGAUAAUUCUAUUGUAUCAGGGAUUAAUUUGUACAGGGAAGAGAAUAAAGUUAUAGAGUUUUUUCUUACGAUAAAAAAUAAAAGAACAUUUAAGUUGAUCUCUGAUUUGCAGGGCUCAUAUAUCUCUUCAUGUACGUUAAUUUUACUUGUGCCUUGUUUUGUAUUAAGUCAAUU